AAAAAGAAAGAGAGAAAGAAAAAAAAGAGAGAGAUGGCUUCGCUCCAUGAUGAAACUACAUGUCCCAUCUGCCUGGAGUACUUCGCAGACCCGGUGACCACCGAUUGCGGGCACAAUUUCUGUCGCGCCUGCAUCACCCAGUGCUGCGGGGAGGAAGGCGGCGGCGGCGGCGAGGCGAAGUGCCCCCAGUGCAGAGAGACCGUCGGGGCCGGGAGCUUGAGGCCCAACCGGACCUUGGCCAAUAUCGUGGCGAUCGCCAAGCGCUUCCAGGAGGGCGAGCCGGGGGAAGGCGAGUGGCGGGUGUGCGCCAGGCACCAGGAGCCCCAGAAAUUGUUCUGCAAGGACGACGAGAACCCCAUCUGCGUGGUGUGCGACCGGUCCAAGGAGCACCGGGAGCACACCGUCUUCCCCAUCGAAGAGGUUGCUCAGGAGUAUAAGGAAAAAAUCAGAAGCCAUUUGAAAUUUCUGAGGAAGGAGAAGGAGAAGCGUGAGCACCAGAAAUUGACAAAACAGCAGGAAAUGGAGGAGAAUCUGAAUCACUUAAAACGGGAGAAGGACAAGAUUGCCUCUAUCUUUGAGGAUUUACAGAAGUUUCUUGAGGCUAAGAAGCAGUUUCAGCUCAAACAGCUGAGAGAGCUGAAGAAAGAGAUGGAACGGAGGAGUCGAGAAAACCUCUCCAAAAUCUCUGAAAAGAUUUCCCAACUCAGUCAGCGGAUUGCAGAACUGGAGGAGAAGUGCCAGCAGCCACCCAGCGUCUACCUCCAGGAUAUCAGAAGUACCUUAAGCAGGUAUGAGAAAAAUCCCAUGGAGCAUGUGGUGGACCCCAGUUUGGAAGACAAGUUCAGAGCUUACUUAGAGAAAAAUUCCAGUUUCACCAGGGUUAUGGAGGACUGUCAAAAGUCCCUGGAGCAAGCUCUGAACACAGCCAGUUGGGAGCAAACGUUCAACACAGAUUCUGAGAAGAAAGCUCUGAACCGAGGUAAAUGCUUAAACCAAAUCAUGAUAGCAGGGGCAAAUUUUGAACAGCAGUUAACCUUCAUUUAUUACAUGGAGGAAUAUUAGGGAAAUCAAAGGUCUCAGCUUUCUGAUGGGAAUUCAGUUUUUUUUUGUUGUUGUUGUUAAGUUCACAUCCCUCCUUUCUGCUACAAUUAGAGCUUAGGGUGGCCAGUGACAGUAAAAUACAAAAUCAAAUGCAGCACUGUGAUGAAAAUAUUAAAAGGAAUUCAGUUUUUAGCAGCUGAUUCCUCUUUUAUUCUUUCCCACAAGGUGCAAGCAGUAAGGUGCGUCUCAGUUAUGGGGGUGCCCUGUGGGUGUUGUCCCACCUUACGUACAACUGUUAGGGUUAAGGCCCAUUACUGGAAAUGUAGGCAUUCAAAAGGAAGGCUAUGGUGGUCUCCGCUACCUUCUUCAGCUAGUGUCUUCUCUACCCUUUUGCUUGAAAUUUGGAUUUGGAGUCAGAUGGCAGGAGAAGGGUUUCAGAUGCCAACAAAGGAGUCAAAAGGUUAUCUUGUGAUGUAAAGCAGUGGUCCCCAACAUUGGGCCUCCAGAUGUUCUUGGACUACAACUCCCAGAAGCCUUUACCACC